UGUCUGUGUUAUGAUCGUCAUCUCUGUAUCCGGCAGCAUGCCAGCCGCGGACAGCACUGCGCAUGCGCCACCAUCAUUCCACUCGUUCACUCUCGCACUGGGGAGUCUUCGCCUGGUCUUUCACGGGACAUCCCAUAUUUCCGCGCACCUCUCAGAAUGACAUGGCAGAACCCAACAAGUUCAAAUACUCCAUCGUUCUCGCCUUUGCUGUCGUGCGCCUACUGGAGGCAGUCAAUGUAGACGAGUUCCAAGACCACAUAGCUUAUCAACAGAGCAAUGCACAGACCUACAAACUUUUUGUUAUUCUCCUCAUGUACAUGCCUGUCGCGACGAUCUCCUACCUAGCCUACGGCAGUGACUUGGUCGACAACGUACUCUUGAAUCUGCCGCCAGGUGUCGUGCGCAGCGUGGCGCAGAUUCUCAUCACGGUGCAUCUGCUCUCAGCCUUUGUCAUCGUCGUCAACCCGCUCUGCCAGGAGGUGGAGGAGCUCAUGAAGAUACCGAAACAUUUCAACCCGUUUCGCUGUCUGAUGCGAACUUUGAUCAUGCUCCUCGUGCUGCUACUGGCAGAGAGCGUCCCUCACUUCGGUUCGAUCCUGUCGCUCGUCGGAAGCUCUACACUGAUGCUGCUCACCUUCAUCCUGCCCUGCAUCUUCUACGAGAGACUCGUUACCAUGACGAGCAGCGACUGGGAAACCAGAUAUAUCCCACUUCACAUUAGGGCAAUUAACUACGAGGUAAUUGGACUAGGUGCUAUCGCAAUGAUAAUGGGAACAUAUUCUGCAAUGAGCUAUAUGGUUGGUGCGCACACAUUCACAGUACCCUGUUACUUCAACGUGACGGCUGCGAGUGGAUAGCAACACCAACACCAGUGGAAGUCGAAAUGUUUUACGAUUAAUGUACUACAGGAAUUUGAUUAGAUUGCCUUGUAUAGUAAUGUUAACGUGACGACAGCUUCUAAACUUGUUGUGGUGAAACGGCAAAGUUGAAAUAAAGCCAAGGUUUUAUCAACAAGUAAUUGCGACUUACAAACACAACACCACGAUUCUUGUUC